AUGUUUCGCGUCGAAGACCACCGCAACCACUGGGCAUAUGUCUGGGUCCCCGUUUUCACGGCGUUUAUCUGGUUCGCCACCCUCUGGGCAAUGCUCAUCACCUGGCUCGCCUCGGGGCGCCCAAAGUACCCGUCGCAAAACGGCAAGGUCACCUACAUAUCUGACGUCGGUGCCUCGUUCCUCAAGCCCCUCUUCGUCGUCGCAUGCUGCAUCACUGGUGUCGGCUUCUUCAUCAGCCUCUGCCUCGAGCGCUACCUACGUCAUUCUGGCCGCCUUCUGCCUGUCAUGCGAAAGCGCGAGCGGUACUUGUCGUUUAUGGCCAUAUUGGGCUCGUUCAUCGGCGGGGCGGGGCUCAUCCUCCUAUCUGGUUUCGACACGGACCGCUACCCGACUCUGCAUCGCCUCUUCCUGCUUAUCUUCAUCAUUGGAGUUGGUUUAAGCGCCAUCUUCACCGUUUUGGAGUACAGAUGGAUCAGCAAGGACUUUGUGGAGGUCCGCAAGCUUCGGCGGGCGUACUGGGCAAAGUCCAUUAUCGCGGGCACCCUGAUCCUACUGGCUGUUGCGUUUGCCUUUACUCUGUACUACGUCCCAGACGUUGGAGGUGUCAUCGAGUGGAUAAUAGCUUUCGGAUACACCUUCUACCUUCUGACGUUCUACUACGACCUCCGCAUGGCGAAGGGCGUCGAGAAGGGCCAGCUGAAAAAGUCAAUGGAUGUCGAGGAGGCAGUGAGCCCCGCCCAUGUGGUUUAUGGAGAACUCAACCCUGAUAUACCAUCCCAACAGAACGGCCGGCAGCCUCCCAUCUCUACAUCUGGAAGAGCAGGAGAAGGUCGCGUCGGCGAGGUGCCCGUGUAUGGCCCUGGGAACAAUACGAUGCGCCCAUUUAAUGCGACCGAGAACGUUGCCCCAUCAGAGGGCGCGAUGACGGGUGGUCACGGUCAGCACGUAGCCCCAUCGGGUCCACCGCUCGCUGUGACACGCAGUAACAGCGCUGGUUACUCAAGGAUACGGGGAUGA